AUGACAAAGGCCCAACUGCUACUUCUUAUCACAAGUACGCAAAAAGAACCCGUGUAUAGAAUCGACGAACUCCUGAAAGCCCGUGGACACACUGUUCUGCGUUUAGCACCAUACCAUCCAGAUUUAAAUCCAAUUGAGUUGGUCGGGGCUAAUGUCCAAAAUAACAUAGUCCAAAACUAUAUCAACUCUUCUCUAGAUGAAAACAUGAUUAUAUUGGAUAAAUUGUUUUCGGGAUUCACGGCAGAAAAAUGGCAGAAAUGCGAUGAUCAUGUCCAGAAAAAUGAAAAUGAUUACUGUAAUCGCGAUUUUAGGUUCGAUAAUAUUAUCGAUUCAUUCAUAAUAAAUUUGCAAGACUCUGAUUCAAGUUCCAAUGGCGAUACGGACGAUGAAGAUGAUGACAAAAUGGAAGAUGAAGUUGAAACAGAAUCUAUGUCGGAAUAA